AUGGUCAUACAAACCAAAUGUGACAGCCACGGGCCAGAUCAAAUCAUGUGGAUAAAGGCUUUUUCUGGACCAUCGGUUCUAACAAUCCAGGCCAUCCCUGGUCACCUAUUAUCUAGGACUCCCCCUCGAGUAUCUCCACUCGCUGCUUCGGUUAUUCUUGAUACCAUCGCAGAAAGAUGUCCUAGGCUUCUCAGGCUCUCGCUCUUUGUUAGCGAGAGCAUUGGUAUUGACAAGAACGAAGGAGAAAACAAGUUGCUCGGACUACUCUGGAAAAGGCCUUAUUACAAAUAUUUCCAAGCGCUUCCAGCGUUAUACGAGCUAUCUUGUAGUGUUUUGAUGCUACAAUCCGACUCCAUCCAAGUGAUUGGCUCCUUACCUCAUCUUACUCGACUUUCCGUUUAUUCAAGUGGAGAGCCAUUGGUCAUUAGGCAAUCACACCUGUCGAACAAACUAUUCCCCUCGCUGCAUGAACUCAGUCUUCAAGAUAUUCAUCCAUACGAGGCAGCAGGUAUCAUGCAGAUUGCUUCGCUAAUGAAAUGCCUCACUUUAUUGGAACUUCUUACCAAUCCCGAGUGCCUCGAUCCCGAUGAGUCACGGGAAGAGUGGAUUAACACUACCCUGCUACUCCUACUAUCCAACUCUCCCAGACUCAACACACUUCACGUGGACCUCGAUCCUACUCGAGAGAAUGACGAAGCUUAUGACAUAGGGCAUCAGGACGUUAUGGAUACAUUUUCCAAACUCCCCCUGAUCUCACUCACGUUGACAGGGGUUCAUAUUGGAGCUUGGGCAUCGACUGGGAGUCUCAAAACUGUGUGGCCAUCUCUUUCAUCGCUUCGCAUGCGAAACCAAGAUGCUGGUCCGCGGAUUCUCUCUUGUUUUGCCCGACUGCCGCGAUUACAACAUUUGGCCCUAAGCACGCUAGAGAUUAGUGACGGCGUGGUUACAACGAUGGAGCCCGAAGAUCUUGAACGCACUUCCCAGUUCCUGUUAUCCAUCUUCCCUCGCAUCCGCCGUAUCAUCUGGAUGAAAUUUGGACUCGAUACGUCAUCCGAGGAAGAGCAACAGCGUAGGUUCAUUGGAUUCUUAAAUCAGCACCUGAGCAUGCGUAGGGAGCUAGAGGAACUGCGUGCACGGUGCUCAGUUCUAUCUCACGGGCGUUGA